AUGCAAAUACUUUUAAAGGAAUGCUCGCCGGUUAUAAAAAGAUUAACUUAUGUUCGAAUAAUCAUUAAUUGGAUCGCUUUCUACAGAUAUCUCUCGGAUAUCUCUCGGAUAUUCUCUACGGAUAUUCUCUACGGAUAUUCUCUACGGAUAUUCUCUACGGAUGUCAAUGAAACGUGA